AUGCCAGUGCUCUCGAAAGAGUUCCUGGUGGUAAACCCACAGGUGCAGAACGAAAGGCUGAGAAUGGACAGCGUAAUCCUGAUAAACCCGGACUACUCGCUGGAAAAGUUCAGAACUGAGGAGUACUUUUUGCUGAGAGGCUACUGCGACCACAUAGUGAUGUACGUAAACAACAGAGACAACUGUCUGUGGGUGUCGGAGUUCUACAACAGAGAAAGGUCGCUGGGUAAGUGCAUAUUCGAAAUGCGCACAAGUCCGUCGAUACUGUCGAAGGUGCUGAAGAAGGAAUGCCAAGAAGAGCCGUUUACAAUGUACGACGGCUGCGGGUCCUCAGAACCAGGAAACAAAAUGAGGUUUAAGAAGUCAUAUUCAAUAGAAGGAAGCAACGAAGACUACGAUUCAAUGGAAGACCUGGGAAACGAAGAUUACGACUCAAUGGAUGAAUUGAGAAACGAAUAUGACGAGUCGACAGAAAAAAUAAGAAAAAACGAUUACGAGCAAAUGGAGAUGGAGUCAGUAUCACAGCCAUGCGAGUGCGGAGAGGAGAAUAAAGCAGGAGCGAAGGCAACGGAACUUAGGAUAGACAUGGAGGAAGAGAAGGAGGAGAGAAGGUCGAAGCUGCGCAAACUGUUUAGAAAAGGACACUCGCUGAGCAAAUACAGAAAGACGAAAAACAUCUUCUGGUCCUCAAGAAGCGACUCAGGACCGCAGUCGUACGAAAACAAGAACCUGUGGCUGGACAUGGACGUCAUCGACACGUCGAUGAUAGACACCAACGUGGACUUCCUGAAACACUCCUUCUACCAGGUGAAGAGGGAGAUCAUGGACGACAUCAGGGAGGUGAUCCUGCUGCACACGCGGGCGGACCACAGGCAGAGCAGACUGGACAGAAGAAGAGGAAACGUGUACGUCUUCAGAGUCGCGCCGGGGGACGUGAGGAAACUCUUUUAA